UAUGUACAAUAUUAUUUUCCAGCUAGUGAACAAUAUGAUGACCCAGAGCAGUGGGCCCAAUGUGUCAGGGAAUAACCCACCUCACAUGGUUGUCCCAGGAGGCUCCGGGAUGCAACAAUUACCCACAAAUCCAGGAUCUGGUUUGAAUGUUAUGCCCACUCCAAGCAUGCUGAUCCAGCAGAACCCUCAGCUGACCCAGGCCCUCAGUCAAGGCAGUAACACUCUUCUUGGGGGCGGGCAGUUGUCGCAGAUGGCAAGUGGAACUGUCUCACAAGGUAUGGGUCAGCAAGGACCAGGUGGACCUGUUAGUGUACAGAUGGGAACAGGACAGUCAGUGUUAGCCACACAGCUCACUACACGACCAACUCUGAACAUACAGCAACAACAACAACAGCAGCAACAACAGCAGCAGCAGCAGCAACAACAACAACAACAACAGCAAUCAGAAAUAUUACAAAUGCGCCAAAAUCAGCAACAGCAGCAACAACAGCACCACACAGCCAUACGCCAGCAGAUGCAGCAACAGUUACAACAGCGACCAGGUAUGACCAUGAACAUUGGGCAACAAGGGCCAGGAUCAAACACUAAUCUGGGCCAGGCAAGGAUGAUGCAGCCCACUAUGCCUACAUCUGGUCUAAAACAACUUCUUCAACAGCAGGUAAGGGGCUCAACAAGUAAGAAUUCAACAGCAGCAGCAAGUCCAGCACCAGCAGCAGCAUCAGCAGCAACAACAGCAACACAUCAUCAUGAUGCAAGGGAUAAGGCCACAGAUGGCUGGACAAAGUCAACAAGUUAUGGGACAAGCAAUAGGCCAGCAGAACAUAGGCCAACAGGCUAUGGGGCAACAACCCAUGAAUCAACAGGGUAUUGGACAACCAAUUCAAGACAAUACUGAGUAUCUGGUAGAUAUCAUGUAAAAAUCUGUCUAUUCACUUACACACAAAAUCUUGUGUUAUGAGAUUAUGCAAUAAAAUGUCCACAACACUAGGGAAAAGCAAAUGAGACUCAUUUGAGUUUUCAUUCCUCCAGAUAUAUUAAUGGAGAGGCCAAUACAGUACUUUGAACUGUGCAUGGCUCAGGCAGGUGUUAUUGAACCCUACCUAUAGUAUGUCAUGUAGAUCCACAAUGAAAACGUGGAUAAGAUAAAUCUUAAUAAACUCACACAGGAAAAAGGGAAACAAAGGAGCACCUUAGCUUUCGUCUUUAUUCAAGACGAUGAGUGAAUAAAUUGGAACGUAAUUUAAGCAGUAAAGGAAUACCCCGGUUAUCACAAGGGAUGCAUUCCUAAAUGUAAUUGAGAAUAAUGAAAUUGAAAUUACACAUAUUCCUUAAACAAUGCAGGAGUUAUGUUAAAGAAAACAUCAUGAAGACCCAAAAACACGAUGUUGACCUACACGAAGUCAAAAUUGCCAAAAAACAAUGAAAAACCUAUUCCAUAACACACCCACAUAUUCUCUUUAUUUUUCUUAUUUUAUAGUUUUAUAUUAUAUUUUCCACAUUAAAGAAUUGUGAUGAUUUAUCACAACAUUUAUAGUUUCAUUACAAGUGACAAUUUACGACUUAGUUGGGCUGCCAAGUUGGGCAUAAUUUAUAGCCAAGGCCUUGGCUAGAACCACCUCCAUACAUGUUCACUUCUCACACAAGAGACUUUAUCUAACCUUCCGAUGUUCAAGAGAUGUUACUCGUUUUUUUAGUAGUUUUCGGUUAAAAUACUCUUAUAUUAGUGAUAUUCUAUUCAUACUGUGCUUGAUAUAAUACAUUCACGGAAAUGUAAUAUU